AUGAAUAUUUCUCUGCCGCACUUCGAGACGCAUCUAAGCAGACCUCCAACCUCAAACUGCCAGUUCCGAUGCACGCUAUGUGGUACCAGCUUCAACAUCGCGCGUAUCCGGACUGUCGAUGAGCCCUUUUCAGCGGCGUGGUCCAUAGAAGACCCCCGACAUUUUAUUUGUGCACUCGACGAUGAUGACGAUGAGGAAGGCAAUGACUAUGGCGACUGUUGCACUGCAGAGACGGGCUGUGUUUGGGCUAUUCGCAACUGUCAGGAUGUUCGACAUGGAACUGAUGAGCAGAACGCGCCAGCAUACAAAUACCAGUUUUUUGAUAUGGAUGACGGCCAACUCCCCAAGUUCGGGCAAACACUGCCGAUGGGCAAACCGUUGGAGGAAAAGGCAGGCCGCAUUGGCAUAAGAAGGGUUUAUCUUGAACAUGUUGCUGGCCCGGGAUGUCGUUGUACACAGGGAUAUUCCGGGGCCAACAUCUCUCUGGAGGAGAUGCGAGGCUGCAGGACUGGGCAGGGUCUGGUCAACGAUAACGGGGACGAAGAGGCCGCGCCGGACGACCUGGAAUGUGAAACUGACAGCGAUUACUUUCUCACGGGGCUUGCGGACUGUAUGCCAUUUGUUGAAAUUGGGGGUACGGGAGUGUCUCCCGCAAGGCAUAGCUAUGAUUGGAUUGAACCGGCAGACCCGUACAAUGACUGGUUUGAACCCUACAUGGCGGUGCCGUUUCAUCCAUGGUGUUUCGGGAUGUACAUGAAACUCAGCAAACUACGACUUGGCCGUGUCGAAAUCAACCAUCUUGUGGACUACUUUGAUAAUAUCGAAAGCUACCCGCGCCAGUACCGCGAUGAGCCCGAUCUAGCCGUCAAGAAAGCCGCUGGUGAAUCCUGGGUCCACCUGAAGGGUGAUGAAUGGCUCGCUGCAAACCCAUUUUACGUGCCCAAACUUCGGGAGAUACUGGGCAGAGCGAUGGAUACUGGUCCGUCCUUCAGCCCCCAGAAUGGCGCAUUUGAACGCCUUAUAUCAUUGACCAAGAUUACAACCGACCCCUUUGCUCGAUUCCCCCGAGAAAUCCUGGAUAUGAUUAUAGACAACCUCUCCACGAAAGACAUUGCGUCGCUACGUCUUGUCUCGCGCGAAUUCUACCAGCUCCCCGUCUCACUCUGGCAUCGCCUUAUUCAAGAGGAUAUGCCUUGGUUAUGGGAGGUGUGGUCCGACGAGGAACCUUACUUCUGGGCGACGGUCACCGAGGGUGAUAUACAACAGAAUAAAGGGGAGACGAGAUAUGAGCUUCACGAGGAGCAGAUCAUAACACAUACAAUAAAUGUUGAUGAGCAUUUGGCUAAAUGGACAAUGCCGAUGCCUACACUCGCACGAACCAAUUGGUUUCUCCUGCCUGUGGAACCGGCGAAGGAUUUGGAAUUAUCAGGAGGGGUUGAUUGCAUCGUUGAGGAUGCAUAUAUUGAGUAA